AUGGCCUCCGCAGGAAUGUCGUCCGAGGAGACAGGCGAACCGAUAGAGGAUGAGCCCGUUUGGCACCCAGCCCAUGAACACCUGGAUGAAACAGAUACGACAACAGACCCGGAUUACCAGCCUAGCCCAUCCGAGGGCGAGCGCAGAUUCGGGGUACUCGACGAGUGGGGUGGCAUUGAGAGUUAUGAAGACCCUCCUUAUCCAGACCCUCCCGAUGAUUUGGAGGAUUUGGAGGACGAUGAUGACGAUUACCUCGGAGCUGAGAGGUUCAUAAGAGCAGACCCUAACGAUCCCACAUUUGCGCGGAAUUAUCUAUUCCAGUUACUGGCUUCCGGUGGUUUCCGAGAGGCUCUCCUUGCGAAUGGUUUGGAUCCGGGCCCGCCUCUUGAGGACGACGACCUGGAAGAGCCCGAUGAAGACUUCAUCCUUGCCAUGACGGCUAGAUUAGCAGGAAGACGGCGCAGACCGAAGUUCGUGUGGCCCAAAGUACCCAGCGAGGAAGGCACCAAAUUGAUGAGAUCCGGGCACUUUGGCACCGAGCCAUAUUACGUCGAUCGAAUCAAAAAGCGCAAAGAGGUCUUUGCCACAAGUCUCAUGUGGCGGGAGCUUGGCAUUGAUUCUCAUGGAGUACGGAUCAGAGCUGAUCAGUCCAUUUCCCAGACUAUGAUACCUAGCUCUCGCGCCGACAGCAUCAUCCACUACGAUUCCAGAAGCUACUCUGGUCAGUUCUCUGAUGAUGGGAACUUCUUUUUCUGUUGUGAGCAGGACUUCAGGGUUCGGAUGUACGAUACAUCCAACCCGUUCGCAUGGAAAUACCUUAAGACCGUCGAGUAUCCAUAUGGUCAAUGGACCAUCACAGAUGCUUCGCUUAGCCCGGACAAUCGAUUUCUCGCCUACAGCUCUAUCCGCAGAACUGAAUUUCUCCCUUUACCGAAUCAGCCGAUAACCCAAGGUCUUGAUAUUUCACGUUCGCGCUUUGGUAUUUGGUCACUUCGAUUCUCUGGAGACGGCCGAGAGGUCGUAGCUGGCACGUCAGAGAACUCAGUCAUAGUGGUCGAUCUCGAAACACGGACGCCGGUUCUUACUCUAAAAGGUCGUCAUCAGCACCACGUCAAUGCGGUCUGUUUCGGCGACACCUCGUCGCCUCACAUUCUCUACUCUGGCUCUGACGAUACAACUUUGCGGGUCUGGGACCGACGCUCAAUGGCCGACAGACGUGAAGCCGGCGUGUUCCUCGGUCAUACAGAAGGCUUGACAUACAUUGAUAGCAAGGGCGAUGGCCGCUACGUCUUGUCCAAUAGUAAAGACCAGACGAUGAAGCUUUGGGACCUGAGAAAAAUGAUGCCGCCAUCCAGAGCCGAUGCGGUUGAAAGGAACGCUUACUCCACGGAUUUUGACUAUCGGUUCCAGGAAUAUCCGGAGUCCCAUCGUGUGGCGCAUCCUUAUGACCACUCCGUUGUCACCUUCCGGGGCCAUCGCGUUCUUAAGACCCUGGUUCGCUGCCACUUCUCGCCUCCUGGCAGCACAAACUCGCGCUAUGUCUACACUGGUAGCGCCGAUGGUAAGGUCUAUGUGUACAACAUCGAUGCCACGUUGGCUGGUACUAUCGAUGUUCAAGCCGCGACAAUGAAUUCUCGGCCUCGUGGGCCAGAUAUCCUUACUAACAUGUGGGAUCUCCAUGGCGAUAUGGAGUGGAGAACGUGUGUUCGGGAUGCUAGUUGGCAUCCUAAUGUGCCAAUGAUUGCAGCAACCUCCUGGAAUGGAUGGGGAUUGUCUAGCGGCACAUGCACGAUUCAUUCAUGGAACGACGGCGCCGACGAGGAUGAGGGCGAUCGGUCAAUUGGGCGGUGCUACGAUCAUAAGUUGAGGCCCCUUCCCGAAUACAACCAUUAUCAGGACGAUUCCUCGCCCAGCCCAGAGCAUAGACGCACACGCCGCACUCUGCGCAGCAGGCCGGUGGCUCGGUUGGAUACGGACGAAGAUGACGACGAUGAUUGGUGA